UUAACGGGGCCGGGCCGGGCGGCGGCGCGAUGGGAGCAGCCAGCAGCGGGUCCGGCCCGGGGCCCCCCCAGGGCCGAGCCGUGGGGUCUUGGGUGCGGGCGCUGCUCCGCCGGAGCGGGUCGGUCCAGGGGCCGGGGCCGGUACCGGGACUCGCUGUGGCCGCCGAGGAGCCGCCGUUCCCAGGGUGGCCGCUGCCGCAGCUCGUCUCGCUCUUCCUGCCGGAGUUCCCCGUUCGCCCCUCCGCCCGGCAGCAGCAGCUCAAGAUCCUGGGCUUGGUGGCCAAAGGCUCCUUCGGUACCAUCCUAAAAGUGUUGGACUGCGGGCGAGAGAAGGUCUGCGCCGUGAAGGUCGUGCCCAAAGUGGAGGUGCUGCGCCGUGACACCCUUAAGCAGUGCAAGGAAGAAGUCAGCAUCCAGAGACAAGUCAGGCACCCGUUUGUCCAUGGCCUUGGGGACAGCUGGCAGGGCCAGCGCCACCUCUUCAUCAUGUGCACCUACUGCAGCACUGGGGACCUGCACGCACUGUGGCGUGCAGCUGGGUGCUUCACCGAGGCCACCGUCCGCCUGUUUGCUGCUGAGCUGGUCCUGGUGCUGGUGUACCUCCACGACCUGGGCAUCGUGCACAGAGAUGUGAAGAUGGAAAACAUCCUCCUGGAUGAGAGAGGGCAUCUCAAACUCGCUGACUUUGGCCUCUCCCGACACCUGCGCUGCGGUGAGCGGGCACACACCAUCUGUGGCACUCUGCAGUACAUGGCCCCAGAGGUGCUGAGCGGGGGUCCCUACAGCCACGCAGCUGACUGGUGGUCCCUGGGUGUGCUGCUCUUCGCCUUGGCCAGCGGGGAGGUGAGCACUGCGGGGUGA